GGAGAGUUGCAUUCAGUAGUGUAGUGGCUGUUGUGUGAGGAGAAGAGAAGGGAAGGGGGUCACCCAGGAAUCCCUGGAAACGUCUCAAGAUGCUUCAUCCUCCUUAGUUGGCACGCGUGCAGCGCAACCACCACAAUGUGAUCUCCCUUUUUCCUCCCCUCAUUGCGCGCGUCGUCGUGUUUUCGCAGACAUCUGCCGAGGCUGCCGUGUUGCGCCACUCCAGUCUGUCGUCCAACUCUCCGCUGGAGAAAUCAUGCAGGAGGAGCGCUGAAGUUGCGCGGGGAGAAAAGGAGGAUUUUCGGUCCACUCGGGGGCGGCGGGGGGAGAAGAGCCAGGAACUCAGCCCGGCGGAGCCGCAUGACCAUCUCGGCCCAGCGCUCGGCUUGCUCUCCUCCACGCAGAGAUGCCAGUGCGCGCCGUCACCACCAGGUUCAUGUACAAGGGGCUGUGCACCAUCCCGGAUGUCCUUACCUACCGGACCCCUGUAAAUCUGCCUGAGGAUGAGCUGGAGGAAAUCCGAGAGGCGUUCAAAGUGUUCGACCGCGACGGGAACGGCUUCAUUUCCAAACAGGAGCUGGGAAUGGCCAUGCGCUCCCUGGGCUACAUGCCUAACGAGGUGGAGCUGGAAGUCAUCAUUCAGAGACUGGACAUGGACGGAGACGGUCAGGUGGACUUUGACGAGUUUGUCACAUUGCUCGGACCCAAGCUGUCCGCGGCCGGAAUGCCCGAUAAGUUCCACGGAGCAGAUUUUGAUUCUGUUUUUUGGAAGUGUGAUAUGCAGAAGCUGACGGUGGACGAGCUCAAGCGCCUUCUGUACGACACUUUCCGCGACCACCUCACCAUGAAGGACAUCGAGAACAUUAUCAUGACUGAGGAGAACCACCUCAACAGUCCCGAGUCGCACGUCGACAUCGACACGAGCCCUACACAACAGGAGAAGCACACGUGUGUGCGCAAAAGCCUGAUCUGUGCCUUCGCCAUCGCGUUCAUCAUCAGCGUCAUGCUCAUCGCGGCCAAUCAGAUGCUGCGGAGAGGAAUGAAGUAAUUCACUCGAUGACCAAAUAUUCCUCCUUCACAUUUUCACCAGCUCGUAGGACACGACCAAGGAAGUCGCAGUGAGUCAAGAGCAAUGAGAUGACGAUGUGCUUGCCAAAUAUGCAAGCCAUUUUUACUCACAGAAGUGAAGUAUUGUUUUCACAGAGUAUGUAUUGUGGUAAUUACCGGAGAAGAUUUGUAUUAAAAGCCCCCAUUGACGGCAAUAGACGUCUAAUUCCUUUUGACUGACCCAAUUCAAAUGAAUGGGAUGUCUAUCGCUGUCAAUGGAAGCCAAAGAGUUAAUAAUGUAACAAAUUCAGUUGUCUGUACAUGAUUUCAUUUUUUGUUUUGUUGAACACUGCUAGUUCCAGUUGUUUUGAAUACAUCACCCGCAGGGCAGGUUGGUAAGAGAGAGAGUUUGGUGCUGGAAUUCCCAGUAUGCCUUGCGGUAGCCUUUUCAUAAAUCUUGUCAAAUGUUUUAUUGCUUUUAUAUUUUGAAACCGUUUUUAGUUUUUUCUUAUCGCUUUGCAUGUUCACCUACCUCAUAAUUUACUAAUGUUCUUAACUUGUUCUGAACAUGCCUUGCAGUGGCCUUUUGUUUUGUUAUUGGGUGUUUUUAUUUAUAAAGGUGCUAUGAAAUUCCACAAGUUUUUAAGUGACUUUAAAAUGACAGCAGACCCUAUUUUGGACAUAAAUCCACAAAACAAUGUGACAGAAAAGUCUGAGUAAUGAAAUUAGAUCCGAAUUAGUCUUCCAAUCUCAGCUGUUUUGGCCCCACCCACUAAAAACUCUCCAAACAGAGGACGAUGUCACGCCUAGAAUGAGCUGCAGAUGUUUGCUUGCCU